UCAAAAAUUGUGGGAUGUACUUUAAUGUCAACAGCCUGGUGUUAAGGUCCUAAUGAUUUUGGUGAAAGUUGACAUCCUAAUGAUUGUGGCACCGUGAGGUAGCUUUCAAAGUUAAGCCAGACUGGUUUGGUAUAAAGAAUUGAAAAUGGUACUAGACUACCAGAGCGAAAUGCCCCAGACCCCCAAACAUUAAUUUUAUUCCUCAUCUUUUUUGGUUUGGGUAUGAGGGGUUUGAUUGAAGUGAAAUGAAAGCCUUUUUUGUCUUUUUUUUUUUUUUUUUUUCAAAAUUUUUUUAAAUUUUUGGGGAUAAUGAGAAGUGAAAGACAUUUAUUGUUUGAGGGUGAGGGUUUCAAAUUUCAAAGCCAGCAGGAGGAGCUCUGUUUUUCCAACUUUACCUAUUUGGGGCUAUAAACCUUUAUUCAGGUUUUACUCCUGGCUCUGGGCUAUAUGCCAUAUGGGAAAUAAAAAAUAAAAAUUAAAAAAUAAAAAUUAAAAAAUUAAAGAAAGCACGGAAACACUUCAAUAUGCUUGUCAACUGGAUAGAAAAAGAACCCUUAGCCGUUGUUGCAUCUCUUCACCAUUAAAUAUUACAUUUUAUAAUCACAACAAUGGUUAGGCAGUAGUUGAUAUUUCUCUUUUCGCACUGGAUUGAGGAGUUGAUAAUGUUAGUAUUGGGUAGGUAAAUUGGACUACUUUUCCCACCCAAAUAAAUAAACAAAUAGUAAACUAUUAUUAUUAUUAUUAUUAUUUUUAAUUGUUGUCAUAAUCAUAUAGCCAAAUUUCAAGUUGCUCACCCUCACACACACUGCCUUUCCCUCUCCUUCCUCUUUAACCUUGUAGAAAUUCUCUCUAUUUAUCAUUCUCUCUCUCUCUCUCUCUUUUGUUAUGAUUUUUAUCACAUCCCAAUGCCAAUUCCUUUUUAAGUCCUCUGCUCUUUGUCUACCACCCUUUGUCUCCCACCUUUACUCAUGGACAUUUCUCCAUUCUUACCAACCACCAUCAUGUUCUCCGUGUAUGCCAUUCCUCGCUCCUCUCUUUUAACUCUUCCAAUUUCUUGACCGUUAAGAUUCGAAAUUCUCUGUGUGUUGAAACCCCCCCACCCCAAUUCAUAACCCAACAGAAAUGGGAUGCUGUCUCAGCACCAACACCACCUCCCGGAAAGUUCCUGUUUCUGAUCGCCCAGAUGAAGCACACCACUUCCAUGCGAGGUCUCUCGUGCCGGAGCCCGAACAUGCUAACCGAGUCGGAAAAACCCAAAACGACUGGGACCCAUCGUUGCCAUCCCCUGUUGUUGUUGUUGAAGAAGAGUAUGUGAAAGAGGUUCUCUCUGAAACCCCAAUUUGGAGACCCCAACAAGAACACAAGGUAAUGCUAGACGAGAACACCCCUUUGCCUUGUAAUAAUAACCACCAUCAUCAUGCAGAGGCCAAAGAUGUCUCUGAGACUUGUGGGAUCAGUGAGAGCUUCUCACUGUCGACUACGACGACGGCGACAACUACUACCACCAUCACUGAGGUAAGAGAUCAAGAAGACGAAGCCACAAGUAAACGAAAGAGAGAAGUGGGUUAUUCCACCAGAGCUAGACUAAAUGGAUCCCAGCAAGCAAUUUCACGUAGGAAGCGUCCUAAUUCCGGCGGUGACGUCGCUGGUCGGAGAGAACGAGGACGAGGACGAACCGUAUCUCCGGCGAGUAGAUUUGAAACCACCCCUGCGGCGGAGAAGAGAAAUCGCAUUGAAGCGGGGUCAACUCGUGGGAGAGAAGCGGUGGGUCAGGUUAGGAUCAUGCAGCGUACUACUGUGGGGUCCACCGGCGGAGUUCGACGAGAUAUCGGCGAGGUCUCAUCCCGACGGUCUAGGUCGCCUGCUACCGGGAGGGUGGGUGGAGUGAAUCAAGAGGGAUUGAAGAGGAGUCCGUCGAAGGCGACGGAACGAGCUGGUGAUAAGUCAAUGGGUGUGGAUGUAGACGGUGGAAGGACGAAAGAGGUGCUAAACGACGCCGUUUUACAAGCGGGCAACGAGUCUCUGGAAAAUCCUCUGGUUUCGUUAGAGUGCUUCAUCUUUCUCUAGAAAGCUGGGUUUUGGGUUGCAUGUCCCUUUCUCAAAAGUGUUUUUGUUGUUUUUGAAAGCAUAGUGGAAGCACUUCUGUUUUUGGUAAUUUUUGAAGCAAAGCAUUACUAUGAUUUCAGCUUUCAAUGAGCAAAGCAAAGUGCUUCAAGACGGUGAACAUUCGUACUAUAUAUCUUUGCUUUCAAAACAAUGUUAACGACUUUCAAACUGCUACUACAAUAUUUUCCAUUCUGAGUGGUAGAUUUUCAAUGCAUGUAUUACUCCUUCCUUGUAAAGUGAAA